AUGUCUUUGGAAAAUAGAAAACCGACUUCGAAAACAAGUUCGAUUGUGGUAGAAGAAGACCAAUUGGAUAGUGUACAUAUUGAAGACUCCUAUCAGAAGACAUGGAAAUCGAACAUAUGGACCAAUUUAGACUAUUCUAAAGAGCAUCGAACUAUUUUGAAUAAAUUAGAUUUUUGUGUUUUAGUUAGUGCUAUGCUAUCAACGUUUGCAAAAUACAUCGAUAAAUCUAACUUAUCAUCAGCUUAUGUUUCAGGAAUGAAGGAAGCCAUUGGAGUAGAGGGAAAUGAAUUGAGCUAUGCUAAUACCGGGUAUAGUAUAGCAUCUAUUAUUUCAGGAUUUGUUGGAGGUAUUUUGAUGGUUACCUUGAAUACAAGAUGGUACAUUUUAACUAUCGAGAGUUUAUGGACUCUAGUAACUUUUUGUUUUGUAUUAAUCAAGACUCCUACCCAAAUGAUAGUUUUAAGAACAUUUAUCGGGUUAUUGGAAGGUAGUCAUUUUGCAGUAUUAAUGUUUUUAGUUGGAGGGUAUUAUCUCAAAAUAGAGGUCGCCAGGAGAUGUAAUUUAAUAAAUGCCUUCACUGCAAUUGGGCCAAUGUGUGCAUACGCUUUACAAUCCAGGGCAAGUGCACUGCUUGAUAAAGUCAAUGGGUAUGCUGGAUGGCAGUGGUGCUUUUUACUAGAUGGAAUAAUUAGUACUGGGGUACUUAUUUUUCAAUUUUUUUUCCAAGUAGAUAAGUUGGAAUCAUUAACACCUAACUGGUUCUGGUCACAAGAGGAAAUCGAUUAUCUUAGAUCGAGGUUGCCUGCUAAGAAUAAAGAUGAAAAUUCCAGACAAAUCAAUAAAAUUACAUUAGUUGAUUUGAAGAAAUUCUUAUUGACUUGGAAAGUUUAUCCGAUUUGGCUUUAUUCUAUUCUUAAUAAUUUCGUUCAAGAACCAGCAGCAGCUAUUCCAUUCUAUUUUAAAGGUUGGAAUGCAAUCAAGCCUGGAUCUUACACUACGCCACAAAUCAAUAAUUUAACCAUUCCUUUAUAUGCCGUUCAACUACUUACUUCGAUAGUAUCUGGAUGGUUGUCCGACGUCGUCUUCAAAGGAGAUAGAUGGCAGGUUAUGGCAAUUGGUAUAAGUUGGUCAACGGUUGUUUAUUUUUACUUGGGAACUCAUAAAAUAUUUGAAGCCCAUAGAGCUACCAUUCUCUUUUUCAUGUACAACUCUGGAGUGGCACAAGGAGUAGCAGGCCAAUUUUGGGCACAAGCACAAGAUAGUUUUGAGUCUGAUUCAAAAUUGAGAUCAUUUGUCACCGGUGGCAUCAAUCCUGCUUCGGGUGUCUGUGGUGCCAUUGUUGGACCUUUGCUUUACCCUUCUUCCAAAUUACCAGAAGUUUACACUGGGUAUUUGGUCUCCGGAGGUGCAGGCAUUGCGUAUGUUCUGUUGAGUGUCUUAUUUGGCCUUUACCUAUAUUUAGAAAAGAAGAAGACUAUUGAAAUCACUAACACGUGUUAAGCAUUGCAGUAAUUCAUCUAUCCAAUUGCCGCAAAACGAAGAGAAGCAGAAAAAUACUUCAAAAAAAGAUCAUCAAAAGAUACCAACUUCGAAUUUAAGUAUAUUGAAGUAUAGUUUGAUUUUUC